ACAUACCAAACACGUACACUGGAUUUGGAUCCUUCAAGGUGAACAAAACCAGAGGAAAUAGAAAAAGAAAUAAGAGGGAUUUGCAUUCUCAGAGAGAAAACAAAGUUCACCCACCAGCUUAUACUAGCCAAAGCACAAUCCCCAUUUUCGGGUCUUUUUCUCUCUAGUUGAUAUUCAAGAUACAUGGAGGAACUAAAAUCUAAUUCUCAGAACACUAGCUGGAAUAAUCAAAGUGAAGUCUUUUCCAUCAUUUUGAAGGUUCUAUACUCAUGUUCAUGCUAGUUCUAGGUGCUAAUGAAGGAAAUUUUCUUGUUCUAAAUUCGAUACAAUCAGGAUGUUAUAAUCUUCUCAGAAUGCUUGCACCGAUUUGUUUUGAUUUCCUUGCUUUCAUUUGGAAAUGAUUUGAAACAUGCCAUACUUGAUUCAGGAUAGGUUCAUAGGAAUGUUUGUUUAGGUCAGUUGAACAAAAAAUCUUUUUUUCCUUGUAGAUUUGUUAUAAAUCAAGUUUCAAGUUUCAAGGUCCAAUUGUUUUUCUAUGUAUUAAACAUGGCAGUCUCUCUUUUGUUCUUCAUUUUGUGAAAGUCCAUCAGUAUCUGGUUUAAUCCUCACAGCGUCAGAUUUUGAUUUAUAACUUUUGUUUAGGGAGUAAACUCAUAUGAUUCAUGAGAUGAUAGAGUGCACGAGGAACUUACUUCCAUGAUGAGUGUUUGGCAUGGAAUGUGUUCGGUGUCUUUAAAAAAAAUGGAUUCUGGGAUUAUGCAAUGUGUUUUGAAGAACAUGGAGCAUGUCCUUUGAUGUUGUGGUUCUGAUCUUCCAAAAACCAAAGGGGCACUCAAGUUUUUGUUUAUGGAUCGGGUCUUAUGGGCUUUAAAAUGGAAAUCUAGUUUGUGUUUUCUUUUUCUUGAAGUCCAUUUAUUUUUCAACCAAAUUCGUGUGGGCUGAUACUAAUGCUUGGGUCUUUAAAUGGGUUUGGGGUUGAAAGAUAAUAGGGGGCUCAUGAAUACUUUAUAAGAGCUUGGGUUUUAGCAGCCUUGGCCAGGUUGAAAAGCCCAAUCCACAUGAAGGGUCUUUUAAGGAUUAGAGCUAUUUUUGACAAAACAAAAAUUUAUUAAAAAAAUAAUAAUAUAUUUUUAGACUCGUAAAGCAUGUUAUCUUUAAAAUAAAUCUCAAACACAUGUUUUUUAAGCCAAGAGUAUGUUUAACAAGUGUAUUCUAAUGUUUUUUUUAGCUUUAUAUUUUUUUAAUUUUACCAAACACAACCUUAACUAAAUUUUAAUUAAAUUUUAUAUUUUUAAGCACAAUUUUAUAAUUAGUUUUAGGUCUUUUAUAUCGUUUUAUUUUUUGUAUUUUAUAUUUAGGAUUAUGAAUUUAUAUAUAAGAUACUUUUUUAAUAUUAAAUAAAUUAUUCUUUUUGUUUUUUUUUGAGGAUUAAGUUUUUGUGCUUCUAAGAGCAAAAUAGUAUUUAUACUAUAGUAAAAAGAAAUUCAUAUAUUAUUUUACCCUCGAUCAAAUAUGCAAUACCAAAUAUAUUUUAUGGAAAAAAUAUCUCUAUCUCUAAUGGCGUCGUACGCAAUCAGUUUUUUUGCAAAGGAAAAAAAUGUUUUUACACCACUCUAAUUUUUUGAUAAAUAAUAAAUUUCUUUUAAAUUUUUUUAUAAUAUUGUUUUUUUGUCUCAGGCUUUAUAAUUUUCAUUCAUUUUCCCUUAGCCCUAAGUAUAUACUAGACUUGUAAGCUGGGUCUAUCAUUUUAUCAUUCCGAGUAAGGUGUGUUUUGUGAGAGAUUAAUUACCCAAAUUGAUACUUUGAUAGAUUCAUGCUUUAUUAAAUUAAUAAUUUAUUUAGGAUUAUAGUAGUGGUAAUGAUUUAAAGUGUUUUUUAUUUAAAAAUAUAUUAAUUUAUUUUUUUUAUUUUUAAAAAAUUAUUUUUGAUAUUAAUAUAUAAAAAUAAUUUCAAUUAAUUUUUUUUUUAAAUUUUUAGGAAUGAAACAUGUAUAAAUGGUUGUAUCUGUAACCUUUAGGUACUAUUAACCCUAGUGCUGUUGCUUCUUCUCUUUUUUCUUUUCUGGGGGGGUUUUUGUUUUCUAUUCGGGAUGGUUACUGGCUGAGGACGAAGAGAGCACAAAUACAGAGAAGACGAUCAGAAUCAAAAUCAAAAUCUCACCCACCAGACCCACUCGCCUAACAGCAACGCAAUCUUUAUAGUUUAUUCCAAAAUUUCUAAUUUCUGUAUCACUGUCGGCGCGGCUCAUAUAUUUUGAUUUUAGAGUUUCAAUGGACGAAGUGAUGACAGCUGCUGAUGCAUCGUCCAGAUAUCGAUCAGCAACAUCUCCACCCGCUAGUCUCCCCUCCAACAUUCCUCUCCUUUCCGCCUUCCUUGCCUUUUCACUUGCCCAGUUCCUCAAGCUUUUCACCACCUGGUUCAAGGAGAAGAGAUGGGAUGCUAGAAGGAUGCUUGGGUCAGGUGGAAUGCCCUCAUCCCAUUCAGCAACCGUGACUGCUCUAGCAACCGCUAUUGGUCUGCAAGAAGGAACUGGAGCACCAGCAUUUGCUGUUGCAUUGGUUUUGGCAUGCGUUGUUAUGUAUGAUGCAACUGGUGUUAGACUUCAUGCUGGUCGCCAAGCUGAGUUACUAAAUCAAAUUGUCUGCGAGCUACCUCCCGAACACCCUGUCUCCAAUGUUAGACCCCUACGAGAUUCACUUGGUCACACUCCACUCCAGGUUGUUGCGGGUGCAGUGUUGGGGUGUAUUAUAGCAUUCCUCAUGAGAAGUUCUAGCUAGGUGAUGAUAUAGCUAAAGGUGAUUCUUUAACCUAGUCAGUGGAGAUUUAUAGGCUCUCAAAUCAUUGGAAGCAUUUGCGCUCUGGAAAAAGGAAUUGAGCUUGACGAGACCUUUCAAGUGAGUUCUAGUUGUAAUUGUUGUUUAGGCUUUGCGGACGUGACAGAAUGAUGUAUAUAGAUAAAUUACAGUGAUAACCUUCACACAAUGUAGUUACAGUGAUUAGUUCCCUUUGAUGUUCCUUUUGUUUUUUCCCCUCAAAAAUUUCAAAAAACCUAGUAUAAGCUGUACCUAAUGCUCAAGAAAGUUUGUAAAGUUGACAGUGCAUACUUGAUGUUUGUCAGCUCAGUGUGGAGUUUUUCA